AUGGAUGAUGAAAAGCUACUGUACAACGAAUGUGACAUCAUCUUUCAGCUUGAUAGGACGGACAUUGAUUGCGACUUUUCCACCAAGUUCGUUACCCAGCAAAAAUCUCUUGCAGCACAAUACGCAGACGUCUACUACCUCCGUCUAAUGACCUUGAAGCAUGGUUUACUGGACGAGGCACGAUCAAAGUGCAAGGUGUACAAACCCGCAAACAGGAUCCUCGACUUGGAAGUUGGGCAGAAGAGUAUGAUCGUGGGAACAUUGUUGAAAGUGAUGAAGUUCAGACCAAACAUUCUUGACGAGUUCAACAAGGACGUUGAGAAUAUCUCGAACGAGUCCUUCAAGAGGAACCACUACUCCAGCGACGAUGACUAUGUGAUCAUGGAGGACGAAAGCGGUCGAGUCAACCUGAGGUUUCCCGAAGACAACAAUAUGGCGAGGAUGCUAGUCACGGGAGUGAUUCUUGCUGCGUACGGUCAGUUGGGCGAGGAUGGAACCUUUCAGGUGGACGAGCUCCAGAAUCCUGGCCUUCCUCCUCAGAUUCCGACAGCAGGAAAGAUGGAGGGAGAGCCAAAAAUCAUACUAGUGUCUGGGUUAGAGCUCGGGAAUCCUGAUUCAGAUCCGCUGGCAGUAGACAUGCUGGUCGAUUAUAUUACUGGCAACCUUGGAGGGGUGGAGACAUUUCAAGAAAGUGCGAAAGUUGCAAAAGUCAUCAUCGCAGGGUCUUCUUGCUUCUUUUCCAGCGAAAACCGUUCCAGCGCCCUAUACCGCAAGGCUGAUCCGAGUCAGACCAGAGCAAAUCAGAAAGAAACAGCCAACCCUGUCAGAGAGCUUGACCUUCUCUUAACGAGGUUGAGCUCCUCCGUCGCUGUGGACAUUCUGCCAGGAGCAGGCGACCCAUCCAACGUCUUCAUGCCUCAGCAGCCUUUUCACAAUUGUCUUCUACCAAGUGCCAAUACAUACUCCUCCUUCCGACCGACAACGAAUCCGUGCGCGAAGGAGGAAGGAGUGAUCAUCAUCGGAACCUCAGGGCAGAAUGUCGAGGACAUUCAAAGAUGUAGCGAAGUCGAAGAUCCGCUCGAUGUUAUGCAGAAUCUGCUGCAGUGGAGGCAUCUUGCUCCAACUGCCCCCGACACCCUGCCUUGCUUUCCGGUGAAGGACGAGGACCCCUUCAUCCUCCCCCACUGCCCUCACAUUUUCUUCGCGGGAAAUCAAAAGACGUUCGGGAGCAGGACGAUCGACGGCGAGAAGGGACAGAAGUCGCUCUUAGUCUCCGUCCCCUCCUUUUCACGCACCAAGACAGCGGUGGAAGUGGACGUGCGGACUCUGACUGCUACUCCUAUCUCCUUCGGGACUGAAGCCUUCCAUCAAGACUGA